UUUGAUACGAUAUACCUCAUUAUGGACGAUACCUACGGGAAAUUAAUACAAUACGGCGAGAAAGCGAAUAGAAUGGUAGUUACUGAGCUCCUCUUGUUUAAAGAUCGCUACGCUUCUUCCUUGACGCUGGGCUUUAAACAAAGGAACGAAUCAAAGAUAGGUUGGGGGUCAACCACUCGAAGAGGUACUCUGAGAAAGAGGGCUAAGGCUAGGCCGUUGAAGACAGGAACUCCAAGAGUGAAUGCCAAUGCUCACGGGUUUAGCAGCCGAGAGUCAAUAACGCGUCUUGUCGAAAGAAGAAGAGGAACCUCGGUUAACUGCCACAGCUGGUGGUCAACAACGAGUGAACGAGGGACGAGUCAUACCAGGCCAAAGCUGAUGGUCAAUAACUCGUGUAUGAAUAUGCCGGUGGUGUCUUCAAUACCGAACGAGGAUCAGAACACAGCGAAAGCUGGGCCGUCAACAAGAAGAAGGACUCUGAGAGCAGGGAUAAAGCUCAAGGGCAGCUACAAAGGCAGGAGUCAUACAAUUGCUAAGGCUCACGGGUUCAGAUCCAACAACAAGAGCAAAGAGAAGAGCUCCAGGCACCAGAACUCGUAUUCUUUGGCCUUCGGGGAAAGCAAUAACAAGGCAUGUCGGAUCUUAAGAAGCAGCUCAUCAAGGACUGCGAAAGCUGGGUCGGAAACUACGGAGGGAGUCGAACCAAAGGAAAGAAUCCUAAGACCAGUCGUUAACGAAAGCCCGAGGUCAAGCGAUGCAGAGAUACGACAGCCAAUGCCAAGGGGUUCAGCUCGUAUUCUUUUCCCGGUGGUGUGUACAAUACCUCCUCUAGUCGGAGCUCUAAGAGCGAAAGCCCAGUCGCCUAACAACAAGAACUCAGAAACAUCUACACGGAAUACUACUCAUGUCCGAGUCCUGUAUCCAUUACCUAGACUCUUCGAACGAGGAACUCUAGGGCAAAAGCUGUCACAGGUGGCUAUCGCCUAUCCUGAACCUGAGCUCGCUACGCAACAAGUGCUUCGCUACGUAAACCUGUCUACCUCUACCGGGACCUUACCUGAGACCUUGGACCGGAACCUGCCAACAUAUGCUCCUUCGAAAGACCAGGCAAUAUGCAGUCCUUUGCCUUCGGUGUUAGCACUGAUUGUCCUUGCCAUACACGCGUAUAUAUAG